UUGAUCAUUAUUCAGUGAUGUGUGACAAUUAGUGAUGGUGUGCUAGUCAACUUUUCAUUUAGUUGUUGUUAAUGCUUAAUUUUUUUUGCUAAAAUGGCUAAAAAUCCACAAAAUCGCAAAGACUUCCUAAAAGAAGCGGAGAAAAGUGGAAAUGCAGACACUAUUUCACAGUUGAUGGGGUUGUAUUUCGUUGUUGUUCUAGCCAUUUCUACAGCAUGGGUUCUAGGAUCAUUACAGAUGGCAUUUUACUGGACAUUUCUUCUCUUUGGGGUAAUUUUUGUUGUGUGGAGAACUAAAUUAAGGCAAAUAUUAAGAAAUAAAAUAUUUGCAGUGGAAUGUCUUAUUCACAGAAAAAGAGCACUGCGUCAAGAUGAAUCAAGUGAGUGGCUGAACUUCAUUUUGAAUAGAUGGUGGGUUUUUGCGUCUAAUAGUAUCCAGGAUAUUGUGAAGAAACACAUUAACGAUCGCCUGGUGUCCAUCAAGCCUGGAUUCAUUUCCCAAUUACAUCUGUCUGCAUUCACAUUUGGGGAGACCACACCUACCAUCCAGCAUAUCAAGGCUUUUGAGCUGACUGAUGGAGCCCCCUUUGGUCGGCGCCCCAUUGCCUGGAGCUCCAUCUGGAGCCCACCCCCGGGGCUGGAGAACAUGUCCUCCUAUCAGGUGGUGCUGGAGCUGGACCUACAGUCCCACCUGGAGGAUUUCCUUAUGAUGUUUGUGGCCAAAGUGGGCAGUGGAAGGGCUGGACUGAAUUUUGAUGUUGCUGUAGAAGGGCUGUCAAUAACUGGAAAUCUACAGCUGAUAUGUAACAUGUCUAUGGAUGUUCCAUUUCCUCAUGUUUCUAAAGUCACUGCAUCCUUCAGAGAAAAGCCAGAUGUCUGGUUUAAUGUAAAAGUUCUGAAGUCAUUACAAAUCAUGGAGGUUCCACUACUGAAAUCCUGGAUUCAGGCAAAUAUUGAUGAUGGAAUUACAAAAGCUUUGGUUGAUCCUGGAAAAAUUGACAUUCCCAUUGUGAAAUAUGCAGGGCCUUUGAGACAAAAAACACAGCCAAAUUCAAAAACAAAACAGCUAGCACAAGGAGUUUUGACUAUUUCACUCAAAGGAGAUGCUUUUCAAAGUGAAGAGGUUGGAAUUCUUGACAAGAGUGCCGUCCUGUACACAAUGCUGAGGAUAGGAGACAUGAAGAGACAGACUGCUGAUCACCUGUGUACUAAUGACUGGACGGAUACCUGCUCAUUCUUUGUCUACAAUAUCAGCAAAGACACUUUGGUGGUAAAGAACAAGUGUCGUCGAUUGUUAUCUAAUGUGACAUUAGACAGACAUGAUCUGGAGUUGUCAUCUUUCCCUCUAGAAGUCAAACCAGU